AUGGCCAAUCACUACAUGGACAUUAAAACAUUGGCUGAAGCUAGCAGGAAGGAUGAAUGGGAGAUCUCACUAUCAAAUCUGAUCAUUCAUGAGUCCGAGGUACUUGGAAACGGGGCUUUCGCUGUUGUCCACAAAGCCACUCUAAAAGGGAAAGAUUCCCACUUGCUCGUUGUGAAUCCACGCCUAAACCUAGUCAGCGAGCACGAACAAGAAAAUGGAACAUGUGAGGCAGCCGUCAAACGCCUACCUACACAUGCCAACGAUCAGAAUCGCAUGGAAUUUUUCCAAGAGAUCAACUUUCAUGAAGAAUCUUGGCUAUCACGCCCAUGUGAUCAGAAUAUAGCUAAUAUGGAUCUUAGAAGCGACUAUGAGCUGGCUGCCAUAGCCCUCUCCUCACGCUUUUUGGAAAUAAUGAGAAUGAUGUUCAAAUGGCUGGCAUUCUCGCCUUAUGUUGGGCUGUGUCUCUUGCCCGGAAACCCCGAUGAUCCUUGUCGAGUACUGUGCACAUGGAGAUUUGUUGCGAUUCCUGCGGAAUCAUCGCGAGCUCAUUCUCAU